AUGGAGGCUCCACCUCCAAGACAGAGCACUUCAGUGUAUCCUGGGUCUCUCCCAUUUGCUGUCAGGAGCGCCAUGGAGGCUCCAGGGAUCCACCUUGCCCUGUGGCUUCUAACGUUUACCAUGCUCCUGCCGAUGCUUUCUACUGAGUUAAUGUUCCCUCCAGGAGUCAGGAAUCAACUCUGUGAAAGUGGGCAUCUUGGAAUAAUAUGCAACCAACCCGUAAAGAAAGGCCACUGCACCUUCCGUUUCUACAGAUACUACUUCAACAAGGACACAGCCUUAUGUGAACUCUUCAUCUUCAGUGGCUGUGGGGGCAACAGAAACAACUUUAAAAGUAAAUACCUCUGUGAACUCCAUUGCAUAGAAGUAGAGGUAAGCCUCUUGUUGCCUCACCCCACCUUUAAGGAUACUGCGUGGUUGGGAUCACUGCUUUACAGGGCAACAUCUAGAAAGAGGCUAGCAGGAAAUGAGCAGAGAAUCAAUAAAUCACUUCCACAUACAGAUAUGUGAGUCUUAAAUCCUGCGGUCCUGUGUUGUUUUCUACCUGAAAAGUAGAGCCUGGCCAAGCAUGGUGGCUUACUGGAUUACUUGUGUAAUCCCAGCCUUCAGGAAUCUGAGGCAGUAGUCUGAGCCUAACCUGGGCUAUGUAGUGAGUACCAGGUCAACUUGGGCUAC